UCUCUCUCUCUUCUAUCUACUACAAAGAAGAAAAAGUUUGAUACGAAGAAGGAUCUUUGCACCACAGCACAAAUUGGAAGGGUGGUUUGGGGUUCUUUAGAUGGGUGACACUGGGAAUCCCUUGCUAAAACUUGUCGUUGUAAUGGACAUGGUAUGAUUCUCCACAUUAGGUUACCUAAUAUAGAAUUUUUUGAGAAGCAAUUUGGGUUUUGGCUGGACAGAGAAUGAGCUCAGCUUCAGCCUUGGAAGCAGAUACGCCUGACCUGGUAUGUCAGCUUGACAACGUCCAGGGGAUGGUCGAUGCCCUCAGCUCCGUUCGAUGGAAACGCCACCAGGAUGCACUUGUGGAACUGUCGGAGCAUGGCAUUGUUUUGAUUGUUGAAGAAACCGGUUGUCUUCAGGCCAAAGUAUAUCUGAAGCGUGAGCUUUUCCUCACUUACGAAUGUGGCACUGAACGACGCCCAAGAUUCGGAUUGAGCUUGAGCCUCUUUGUUGAUUCCCUGAACACAUUUUCUACUCCUGGACAUCCAAGCACCAUUGAGAUUCGGUAUCCAGGACCUGAUAUGCAGCUCCUUCUCAAGUCAGGUGAUACACCAGAUGCUUGCAUAUAUGCUGAGAUAAGAACAAGAAUUCCUGAUACCUUGUCGUGGGACUACAAUUUUGAACCGGCGGGAAGCACCCCACUCACUUUUACUGUGAAGUCUGCAGCUCUGAAGGAGGCCAUUGAUGAUCUCGAGUGGCCAGGUUCAGGCAUCCAGAUAGUUCUACAGCCAGAUCCUCCAUCGGUUACCUUUAGAGGUGAAGGCCAUGGUGACUUACAGAUUGACUUCAUGUAUUAUGCAAAUACCGAUCUUCUGAUUGCAUUUCAAUGUGAUCGUCAGGUCUCUUACAGGUAUAAGUACAAGUUCCUCCAUGCAACAACUUCAAACAUUCCUAGCAGUGUUAUAAAGGAUAAUAGGGGGAGCAAACUGUCUAUUGGAAGGGGUGGAAUGUUGAAAGUACAGCACCUGGUUUCUGUUGCAAGAUCAUCCAUCCCACACAUUGAUUCUGCUGGCUAUCAGCAACCUAGUCGAAUUGCUUAUAUCGAGUUCUUUGUCAAACCAGAGGAAGAGGAAGAUCCUGUCAAUGAUUCAUAGACAUUUUUUUGAAGGCAUUACUCCAAAAUCAACCAUUGUGCUUUUAUGUGAGGUUAUGUUUCAACAGUUUCUUAACGAGACUUGUUUUAGUUUUGAUUUCCACAGGUGAACUAACUUCGCUAAGUAGGAGGAUAGAUAUGGGACAUGAAGUUGUGAUAUCUUCUUAAUGGUUGUCCUCUGCUAUUUUCAUUUGUUUGGUCGUCGAUGGGCUCUAAUGAGGGAAGAGUUUAAAGUUCUUCAAAGAUUUGAGUCUAUUGAUUUGUUAAAUUAUUUGAUGAUGACCUGUUUCCCUUUUU